CUUCUUAAAAAAAUUGCGAAUUUCAUACGAAAUCGUCGUACGGAAGAAGGCCUUUUCUCUUUAAAUCCUUCAACCUUUCGCCAUUCGAAUUCUUCCAUCUGAUGAUUUUUCUCAAUGGUUGGCAACACAAAAAUGACACGAUUGGAUGAUCCUAGUGGUCUUAUUAAAAUUUUCUCCUUUGAGUGAGGGUGUUCGAUCAUCCAUUUGAAGUCACAAAUUGGACAGCUAUGAUUAUCUGAGGAUCUUCUAUAGCGUGCCAUCAGCAAUAGGUCUACUGGAUGGAUAGACUGGAUUGAACAGCCAUACAGUGAUUACCACGUUGCAGCUGCAGCUGACUACCAAGUGUAGCUUAGAGAUUUCGAAGAUGGCUGGUCAGAAACUUUGUUAUGUUAUUGUUGUUGACGAAGAAGCCGAAAAGGAUGUGGCAGGAGCUCUAUGUUAUCAUCCUCAGUCAAAUACAUCAUUUUGGUACACACGAUCCAUUCUGCAGAGCGUGUUGCAGCUGGUGGGAUGCAAAGUAAACCACGCUUUCAAGAUCUCUAGAAGAGUUUUCGACGUCUUGGAGGGUGAAAGCCGGCAUUUCGCUAUUAAUUUCCAAGUGAAGGAAACCUCAGCCAGUGAUUUGGAUGGAUCUGCAUGCGGAAGACAAUUGCCUAUUGAGGAUAUCAAACAGUCCACAACUCGGAUCUCUCCUAAGAAGGAGAGCGAUCUAUUAACAGAAAAUAAUGAUAAGCCAUUUGAUCUUUAUAAGAAACAAGUGACGGUUACAGUGACGAGGGCCAGGUUCUUGGAUGCCAUUUGCAGUUCUCUUGAAGAGUAUCAUUAUGUCGGACCAAGUCAACGUGCCGAUAUCUAUCUGGCAUGCAGGCUUCGUGAAAGGAAGGAAUCAGUGACCAUUUUGCUUUGCGGCACUAGUGGAUGCGGCAAGUCAACUCUUUCAUCUUUACUGGCCAGCAGGCUUGGUAUUACGACUGUUAUUUCUACCGAUUCAAUACGCCAUAUGAUGAGAAGUUUCGUCGAUGAAAAAGAAAACCCAUUGUUGUGGGCAUCUACGUAUCAUGCAGGGGAGUUCCUAGAUCCCACCGCUGUUGCUAAGGCAAAGAUGAAGAAGAAAGCUGUCGGGUCAUCUACUUCAUCUGGGAAUGGCAGUUUUGCAGAAUCAGCAGCAACACAAGAAAGAACAGAAGCAACAAAGGUUGACGUUUCCAACAAAAAAGACACUGCUUCAAAUCUCACCAUUGAACAGGUGGGUUCCAAGAUACUCGCAAUCGAAGGCUAUAAGGCACAGAGUGAAAUGGUUAUUGAGAGUCUCGACAGGCUAAUCACAAACUGGGAGGAUCGCAGAGAAUCGGUAGUGGUUGAGGGAGUGCAUUUGAGCCUCAAUUUUGUGAUGGGUCUUAUGAAGAAGCAUCCAUCCAUCAUUCCAUUCCUUGUGUACAUAGCUGAUGAAGAGAAGCACAUGGAGCGAUUUGCUAUUCGUGCCAAGUACAUGACCCUUGAUCCUUCCAAAAACAAGUACGUGAAGUACAUCCGGAACAUACGUGCCAUACAAGACUACUUAUGCAAACGGGCCGAAAAGCACUUGGUUCCAAAAGUGAACAACACCAAUGUCGACCGCAGUGUGGCAUCCAUACAUUCAACCAUAUUCAGCUGUUUGAGGAGGCGACAGGCGGGUGUAUGCUUAUAUGAUACAGCUACAAACACUGUUAAAGCUUUACAUGAAGAAUACUGCAAGCAAUGCGAUUCCAAUUCAAUUGGUUCAAAGGGGAUGUUUCGGAUGAUCCAAAGACAAGGUUCAGUACGGCGGUACAUGGCAGUUUUCAACUCAGACGGGUCUGUUGCCAAAGCAUGGCCUUUCUCAUCCAUGGAUGAAAAUGCAGAGCAGACUUCAGCCAAUGGCAUUAAGAAUGCUGUUGGAAGUCCAAUCUAUGGGCCGCUCCAUGUUGAGGAAGCCGAGCCUGUUAACCUGCAGUUUGGUAAUUUUGGAAUUGGAUCUUGGCCGAAUGGCACAGAAGGAACUAGCUACACAAGUAGCCUAAACGGUUCUAGAGUUGAAGAUGAGGAGGUUUCACGAUAUGCUUCUUCCUCGAGUUCACCAUUGCAUCCCGAUGGGCAUGCGAAAGAGCUCACUGAUGAAGUAGCAGUGUCGGAAAGUGAGGAAGAGCCUCUUCAAGAUGAAGAUGAUGAUUCCAGUGAGGCUACCGAAGAGCGUGAAGAUGAGUUUGGGGGCGAGGGCUCAGUUGCCGAGUCAUCGGCGAGAUCAGAUGAAGAGUACGAGGCAGAUCAGAUGGAAGAAAAAUUUGACGCUGAUGCUACAAGAUUACAAUCAGCAGUUUCAGGCAAUCCUACCAAUCUCUGUGAUUGUUGCGACAGAGAGUCUAAUAGCUGCAAAUAUUAUACAGGGACUCUAUCCAUGAGACCAUUGAGAAAACCAACUCGCAAUGGCGGGUUGUACAGACGAGUCUGGAGCCUUCCUCAUCUAAGAAAUCGCUUGAACAGGAAUAAGAAUAUGAGCUCUCCGAAACUCUCUUUGGAUGUAUCAAAGGAUGGAUCCAGCUGAUGCAACUAACACGUGCAUGCUCUCAUUUUCUGCCAUGUAGCAAUGGAGUUCUAAUAAGCCCAAAUGCAACUCUACACGUGGUUGAAUGUGGGACAUUUGAUCUGUGCCUCACAUCAAAUGACCCAAGAAUCAGUCCAGUGCUGUCACCAUACAGGCUACUCACGUCGGUCAAAUAUGGAAGGUUCACAACUUUUUUUUUUCCCUCAAACUUCCCGUUGUUUUGUACAUGUGUGGCCCAUUUGGUGUUUGACCGGCCUGAAUUUUGGGCAAGGCCGGCUAUCUACACAACAGGCCAUGCCUGAUGUGCUGCUUGGAUGUCUCGCACGUGUGCCAGGUUGUCACGUGUAGAGUUAUGUGUGCCAGGAAUUCUCGUCUUCAUUGUCUUCAAUGACAGUAAUGCGCAUCAAUGAAAGAAAGAAAGAGAGCUGUCGUCAGUGUCUUGAGUACUAGCAGAUUUUAAGUUGGUUUACUGCCGAGUCAACAACAUGAGCCUAUGAGAUUGUUUCAUUUAUAUUUUCGUACACCUAAUUCUCUAAAAACUAUUUUCAAAAAUGAAAUAUCUUGCUAUUUUAAGAAAGUUGCCAAACCCCAUUGAAACUUCAAUGUCUUCUCAAUUUCAUGAAAACAUCCUCAUAUUUCAAAAUAUUCUAGCAUCACAAUAAUAUCAUUAUAUUUUUCUGAUAAUUCCUCACUUCUACUACUUUCAUUGAAAACACGAAAUUUCUUACUUCCUCGAACCACAUAUUUCGUAAGUCCUUGAAAUAUACCUUGCUUUUAUCUUUUACCAAUUAUUUAUUUAUUUCCUAAAUUUUUAAAAAAAAAAUAUUUUUCAUUUCCUACAAGAUUUUCCCAAAUACAUAAAUAAAAAACCCAAAAUUUUAGAAUAUCUUGAGAAACUACUGGGGCAAGAAGUUGCUCAAAACAAGUCAAGUUAUUGAUCCAAUAGGAAACAACACAAAGAAGAAUAGUAGACAACGAUAGAGGGAAUAGAGGAAUUGGCGUUACUAUCUCUUUGGAGACAUCCGAUAAAAUUGGAACAAAACAAAGAAGAUUAGCAUGGUUCCUGCGCAGGUAUGCCAUACACUCAUAGCAAGAAAGGCAUAAUAGAGGAAUCACAACAAAUGAAUAUCACACGCAAAAGCAUAUAUACUUCCCCUGAUAGAGAGAAUCUUUUGAGACAUCCAACAGAACUGGAACGAGGCGAAAGCUUUGCAUGGUUCCUGCACAAGGAUGACAUUCGCAAAUCAAGAAAUGCAGAAUAUGGGAAUCAUAAUAGAUGAAUUUCACACCCACAAGCAUAUAUACUACCCAUAACAUGUAAAUUGUCCAUAAUUACAAAAAAAAAAAAAAGAAAGAAAAAAAAAAGUGGUUUAAUUUCAUCACUCUCCAGCACAUUUAUUUCCUUACACAUGAUCGCUUUAUUUCCACACCUACAAAUCCCCUAGUGUUCAAAAACCCAUCUAAAACAACCCCUACAAUUGGAGAUAGAAUUUCUUCUUCUUCUUUUUAAUUUCCCCUUGGUUUGCAGAGAGAACCCUAUCACUUCUUUGUCUCCUCCUACAUUUCUACCUUGCGUCGGUGUUUCCUUGUCACCAUUUUAUUUGUUGGAGAUGUUUAAUCAUUUUUCUCAUUUAUUUAUAAACUACUAAAAAACCACUAAUACAAAAACUUCUAACUUUAGAACUCUCUUAACUUGCUAGUUAAUGAAUACUUAUUUAAACCUAUUACCCCUCAAAUUAGGUUGUGUUUGGUUGCAUCAAAAUCAUGAAAUUUCAUGAUUAAUCAGCCUUAUUUGGUACAAAAUAUGAUGAUACAAUGUUUGGUGAAACCAAACACACCUUAAAGGAUAAAUGGUUCAAAGUAGACCUAUUUGGAUUGUGAAUUACAUUAGUAAUGUCCUGUAAAAGUGCAAUGAUUACAAAUUCCUUUACCCGUGUCUUGAAAACAUUGCAUUUGACUGACAAUUCCUAUGUUCAGUUUAUCGUGGUAAAAUCAUAAUAAUGAUACGUUUCCAUUACUUUAAUGUCAAAUCGUAAUGUGCUCAUUUUGGAUAGGAUAUUUCCACUGCAAUAUAAAAUUGUAAUGAUUAUAAAUUCCUUUACCUAUCUCUUAAUGCUUUUGCAUUUGACAGUCGAAUCGCUUGUUUAAAUGAUUGUGGUAAAAUCAUAAUGAUGACACUUUUAUAGUAAUGUAAUUCACAAUCCCAAGAGAUUAUAUAUGCAAAACUUUCUAAAACUAAAGAUCUUCUACACCUUCCCUAAAAGCCUUUUAUUAAUGAUGAUGGAAUGUUUAUUCAUGAAGCAAAGGAAAAACAAGAAUAGGAACAGGCAAAUGUCGAGUUACCCUCUUUUUCACUACCUUUGAAACAACACUAAAACGAGGAGAAAGAAAAGAAACAGAUUGUGUUUGGCAUUCUGCAAUUGAAAUCCACUGGAAUCUAGCAAUUUGGUAAUCAGAAUCACAAAAUUGUGCUUGGCACCCUAUUUUCGGAAGAGUGAGAGUGAGAGAGAUGAUUGUGAUUUGUGGUGAUAAUUGGAAUCCAUGUGAAAUAAAAUCACUUGGUUUUGCUAUGAUUAAAAAAAUAUCCAAUUUACAUCAAAUACACUCCUUCCAAACAUCCCAAUUACCAUUGAUUCACGCUCCCAAACAACCCCUUAUGUUCUCCAAUUAGGAGCCCUCCUGCUCCAUUCGCACAUGACAUCCUCAUUAGAACACCCUAAAAUCCAUUUUAAAGAGCACCCAACUUACAACCCGUUGAGACGAGUCUACUCAACUUGGUAAGAUUUCAAGCUGAGUUUCUUGAAAACUUGUUGACGAGAUUGACUCAGGUGAGUCUUGGCAGGACUCAUCGAGUGGCUCAUAAACUCAGUUGAUUCAACGGGAUUCAACCUAGUAACUCGUCUGGUCAAUUGGAGUUUUGGCAAAAUUCAAGAAAAGCAAAGCUUAGAACUCGAACGAAUGACCCGUUUCCAAAGUGAACAGACCAACCCAACAAGUGCUACAAUUGUGGC